CCCUCAUCUCUUUCAUUGACGCCGACACUUUAGAAGUCUUCUUCUCGUCUUCCUUUUUAUCAACUUUGUCAAGGAAGAAGCAAUGACAGACACGAGAAAGAGGAAAUUGGAUAGAGUGGAUUUUCUCGGUGAUUGUGUUUUAGCAUUUAAAAAUAGUGUACACACUGAUGUUAUUGUUAAAUCUGCUGGUGAUGGGCCUGGAAUUCCUGCUCACAAAACUAUUUUGGCAGCGAAGUCGAAAGUGUUUAGCUACAUGUUGGACUCUGAUGAAUGCAAAACUUCAGUAGAGAAAUCAAUCACUAUUCCUGACUUGAGUUAUGAGGAACUCAAGGCUCUUCUCGAGUUCUUCUACAGCGGGAUCUUGAGUCCCACCAACAAACACAUUCGAGCGCUCUAUGUUGCUGCUGACAAAUAUGACAUACCAUAUCUCCAAGAGCUUUGCAGAGACCAUUUUAAGUCGACUACGACUUUGAGCAACGUUCUCGACAUUCUUGAGAUGUCCACGAUCCAUUCAGACAACCUUUUGAAGGAUUGGGCGACAUUCUUUGUCCUAACACACAUGGAAGAAAUCGUUAAUUCCAGUGGAUACAGAUUAUUUGUUCAGCAGAAUCCCGAUCAAGGUUUGUAUAUUACACAGGCUUUUGUGAAAUCUUUGAAAUCCCAACUUGGGUCUAAAUUAAAUCAACUGCUGAGGGUCGCAUUUCUGUCUAAACCACAAGUUUAACUACUUUCUAGACAUGUUAGACCACUAUUGUUACCACUUAUUUAUAUCCAAACUGUGAUAGAUAUGUGUGGUCUUCUUUUACUUGAGAUUAAGCCUUUGGUCAUUUGGAAGUUUUUGAAUUAACAGUAUGUCGUCGACUUCAUACAUUCUUCUCUCUUUGAAAGUUAGAUGCUGAAGCCUUAAUUUCUAAGUUUUUUUUUGUGAGUUGAUGUUUCUCAAACUGUUACUUGGGUUGCUAAAUUAA